AUGUGUCGCUCUAUGAUUACGCGUCUGGUGCUGCACCUGCCCCUCCUGCCACAGCUGAGCUUAGUGUUCGUUCCCACUGGCAGACUCGUGACGCAGCUGCUCGCCAUUCGCAGUCACCUGCCGCUAGCUGAGCUCGAGCAUUUUGGCGACUGCAAAUCCGCUAAGGCCCUGUACGAUGCUGUCGUUGCUCGCUACUCCUCGCCUGCCACAGCCGAGCUUAGCCGCCUCAUGCUGCCGUACCUGUUCCCUGAGCUGUCCACCUUUGCUACAGUCGCCGAUCUUAUCACCCACCUUCGCACUAGUGAUGCUCGCCUGCGUGCCGCCCUUCCCACCGAGUUCUGCGCUAAGAAUCCCCCUCCACUGUACUGGACACUCCACUUCAUAGUCACCCGUCUCCCUGACACCCUCAGCUCAGUUCGAGACCACUUCCUUGCUCGCUGUCCCACUGAGCUCACAGUCGCCCUCCUAGAGGAGCAGCUGCUAGCGGCCGAAAAGAGCAUUGUAGCUGUCGGUGCUGCUCGUGGCGCUCCUCGCACCCCCAUCUUUGAGGGGUGUUCUCCCUCUCCCCUCGCUCCCUCCUACGCUACUGCUGCUGCUGUUGACUUCCUUGGUGCUGAGUCUGCUGGCGCUGCUUCUGCUCCUGGUGGGAGGCGCCGCACCGGCAAGGGCAAGGGGGGCAAGGGUGGCGGGGGUGGCGCUGGGGGGGGAGGAGGUGGGGGAGGUGGGGGGGGAGGCGGUGCUGGAGGGAGCGGUGGCGGGAGCGCUGGUGGGAGUGGGGUCGGCGGUGGAGGCGGGGGCGGCGGAGGAAGCAGUGGCAGUAGUGGCGGCGGCGGCGGUGGCGGCGGUGGCGGUGGUGGCGGUGGUGGCGGUGGCGUGGGUUGA